AUGGCGGAACAACCUCGUAACCCCGAUAGUUCGGUACUGGGCGAGUCCUGGGUAAUGGCCUCAACGGCCUCGAUCUGGGAAAAGGAUCUAAAGCAGCAAACACCAUGUAUUGAAACAAAACCUGAGAGACUCGAGGAGCCAGCAUCUCCAACUCCUCGCCCGAAGUCUGCGAGAAACAAGGAUAGCGGCAAGACAAUCGAGUCAAUAUCGUCGCUGACUUCCUCAUCGUCCUUGACUAUGUCGGGCCCAGAACUGAUUAUGCCAUCUAUUUACGAAGUGCCCAUAUCAGAAGUAUCAUGGGUUGCACCUGGAGUGCGAUCUAAGGAUCAAAGCUCGAUGCGGAAGAGACGCAAGAUAUCACCGUCCCGGGGUAAAGAACAAGCUAGCCCUACUAUAUCUCGGAAUCAUGACGCUGGAUCUUCGGCUCCGAUACCUCCUAAGCAAACGCCGAGAUUGCGAGCACGGCUCAUAGCCUUCUUUCGUGAUCAAACAGCCAUACGCACCCUGAUAAACGGUAUCUUAAUCGGCUUUAUUCUCCACCUUCUGGUCCUCCCCGAGGUCAUCUAUCAAGUUCAAGACCUGUGUCAGAUCCCCGUGGUGAAAACCGUCUAUCCGGGCAGUUGUAUUCAUCUCAAACCUCAACCACAUCCUUUUUUACCCUCAUCCAGCGCCUCCAUUAUCUCACCCGAGGACACCAUCAUCACUUCCCAGAAUGACCUCGAGUCCAUCUUCGAUAUCACCCUUCAAACUCUUUCACCACUCUCUCAUAUCCUAAAAGAAAGCGAAUCAAUGUUGGAAGAGCUUCAAUAUAAACUCCAAUCCACCUUCCCAGACGCCCGCAACGCACUCGAACUUGAAUUCCAAGGAAGUGACCAGGCCCUUCGCGCCGCAGCAUGGGAAUUCGACUCUCUACGCGCUGAUCUUCGCUCUGCAAUUGAUAGUCUUCUAUCUUCACCACCAACUCAAGAACAAACAGGGCCCGUCUCGAUCGCGCGCGACACUCGGCUCGCAGCCCAACUCCGUCUUCGCGCAGAGUACCUCGACCGACUCCGUUCUCAAAUUCGGUCCAAAGCUGACUCGCUCGGUUCCCGUUUCAGCACACUUGAUGACCACCUCGAAGCUGUGGAUGGCAUCGUUACUCGGGAGGAACGGAGGAACUCGUUACUGAGUUCAAUGUCUGGUCUUGGGGUAGGAGCUGGAGCUGGAACUGGUGUCGGGGCUAGCAUGCAGGCUGUGCUACAUUCAUUGUCUAGCUAUGCCUCUUUUUGGUCGAGAUCGUCAGACGACUCAUCUGUUCCUGAUGGGGGUCCGGAUGCUGGUGUUGAGGGCUAUGAGAACCCUCAACCUGUCACGACCCUUGCCUUGUUGAGACUCGCGGCGACGCAUCAUCAUCCUGUCGCUGGCUCGGUGGCUGGAUUAUCGAGACAAUUACGGGAUGUGCAGCGUACUCGAUCGGGGUCUACUUGGUGA